AUGCCAAACAAACGUCCGCGUUUAUCAAACAAUAGUAAUGCUCACGCUCUAUCAUUCUGUCACAUCUGUAAAAGGAAAAACCAUUCUGCCGAUGAAUGUCGUUUCAAACCAACGGCAUUAAAUCAGGAACAAUAUAGUAAAAGAGGUGAAAGUAAUAGUAAACCUACCUGCACAUUUUGUCAAAAAUUAGGACAUACUUACGAUCAAUGUUUUAAGCGUGAUCGUUCUUUGACAUCAAAUAUAAAUCACAUCGAAGGUACAAAACUCGCCCCUUUAACUAUCAGGAUAGGAGUAAAAAUUUUACGGGCAGUGUUUGACAGUGGUGCAGAAUGUUCAUUUAUACGGGAAUCUGUAGCCGCUGCUCUGCCUGGACAAAGAGUUCAAACGGCUAACUACUUGAGAGGUAUUGGACGAUUUCCCGUAUUAUCACUCACGAGUUUACUGACUAUAUGUGUCAUAGAUGAUAUCAGCGUAGAAAUUCAGUUUUAUGUUCUGGCUGACUGUGAGAUGUCGACGGACAUUCUGGUUGGCAUGAAUUUGAUUAAAGGCACAAACUUGAGUGUUAUAGUAAAGUCUAGCAAAACAAAAUUAGUGCACCAAGGACUUAUCAAUCAUAUCACUACAAAUAGUCCAAUAUUUGGAAAACUAGACUGUGAUCUUUCCGACCCUGAAGAGAUCAAACAACUUCGCAUACUCCUUAAUAAGUAUGAACACUUAUUUAUUCGAGGAUACCCUAAAACCCGAGUUAACACAGGUAUGUUGGAAAUCAGAUUAAAGAAUCCGGACAAAUACGUAGAACGAAGACCAUACCGCCUCAGUCCAGUGGAGAGAGAAAAGGUUCGUACCAUUGUCAACGAAUUAUUGAAGCACAAUAUUAUACGUGAGAGCAAAUCCCCAUACUCUAGCCCAAUUAUCCUAGUUAAAAAGAAGAAUGGAGAUGACCGCCUUUGUGUAGACUUCCGCGAGUUAAAUGCUAAUACCUUGCGGGACCAUUACCCACUUCCACUCAUCUCCGACCAAAUCGAUCAACUGGCCAAUGGACUCUACUUCACCACAUUUGAUAUGGCGGCAGGUUUCCAUCAAAUACCUAUUUCGGAGAGUUCCAUAGAGAAGACUGCAUUCGUUACGCCUGAUGGAUUAUACGAAUACCUUACUAUGCCAUUUGGUUUAUCCAACGCGUGUGCAGUAUACCAAAGAUGUAUUAAUAGAGCAUUGUUUUCGUUACUGGGCAGUGCUGCUCAAGUUUACGUCGACGAUGUCUUGAGCAAAAGUGCUGAUUUUACUCAAGGACUAAUAAACAUUGAACGCAUUCUCAUAGCAUUACAUAAGGCUGGGUUUUCUAUCAAUGCGGAUAAGUGCAGCUUCUUCAAACGCUCAAUAGAAUAUUUGGGUAACGUUGUUUCAAAUGGUAAAAUCCGUCCAAGUCCAAAGAAAGUUGAAGCUCUAGUCAAGGCACCAGUACCGAAUACUGCUAAAAAGGUAAGACAGUUCAAUGGUUUAGCUGGAUAUUUUCGUAAAUUCAUCCCCGAUUUUUCCCGUAUAAUGAUGCCCUUGUAUGAGUUGACUAAACAAGGUGCUAAAUGGGAGUGGAAUGAUCGACACGAAGAAGCACGUAAUAAGAUAAUCCAAUGUCUGACAUCAUCUCCUGUGUUAACAAUAUUUCAAGAAGAAGCACCCAUAGAAUUAUACACGGAUGCAAGUAGCUUGGGAUUCGGUGCCGUUCUAGUACAAAUUAUCAACAAACGUCAACAUGCAAUCGCCUUCAUGAGUAUGAGAACUACUGAUACUGAAAGCAGAUAUCACUCGUACGAACUAGAGACCUUGGCGGUAGUGCGUGCAAUAAAACAUUUUCGGCAGUAUCUGUAUGGACGGAAAUUCAAAAUUAUAACCGAUUGCAAUGCCUUAAAGGCAUCUAAGCACAAAAAGGAUCUCCUUCCAAGAAUUCAUCGGUGGUGGGCGUUCUUACAGAACUAUGAUUUUGAAGUAGAAUACCACAAAGGAAAUCGCUUGCAACACGCCGACUUCUUAAGCAGAAAUCCAAGUAGUUGUGAGGUUAAUAUAAUGACAAGAGACUUGGAUUGGUUGAAGGUGGAACAACGCAGAGAUGAGAUAUUGCGUCGCCUGAUGGACAGCUUCAACAACGGAAAUCCAGUAGAUGGUUAA